GGUCACACUGUUUGCACGUGUUGGCGGAAUUUAUACACCGUUUUAUUUAUUCAACGUUUUAUUCGAUUGCCGGCAACUUUUAUAUUAAACCAUAUUCAGAAUCAACAUGAAAGGGACCGAUGUCACCGCAGUUAAGUCCCAGGAGGAGGAAGCACCAGCAAAGAAACCCGCAGAUGCCAGCUCCGAUGAGGAUGACUAUGAUGACAUGGAUGACGACGACGACGAAAAGGACCAAGGCGAGGAGCCAACCACUUGUCUGUUCUGCCCAGAGGCCUUCCCCAGCAUAGGGAGUGCCAUUGAGCAUCUGGACAGCAGCCACAAGGUUAAUCUGUCUCAGCUUCAAAAGAAAUUCCAAAUGGAUCAGUAUUCCUUCAUCAAGCUAAUCAACUACAUAAGGGUCUGCAAGAUAAGCGCCGAGCUGCUGCUCUCCACAGAGCAGAUCCUGUGGGACGAUGAGAAAUAUCUGAAGCCCGUGGCGUACGAGCCGUGGCUGUGCUAUGACUAUGAAGUGCUCAAGACUGAUACAGAGGCUGUGACGGUGCCCGAGUUGCUGCAGCGCAUUGCAGAGCAAUCCAAGCUGCUGCAGCAGGCCAACGAGGAUAUGGAACGAAUGCGCAAGGACUAUAAGGAACUGCUGCAGAGGGUCCAUGAGGGCGACGAUGGCAAGGCCGCCGCCAAGGAUCUGCCGCGCAACAAUCUCUCACUUGAUAAGGAAUACUUUAACAGCUAUUCGCACUUUGGCAUCCAUCACGAAAUGCUCAGCGAUUGGGUGCGCACCAACAGCUAUCGUUCCGCUUUGCUGCUGAAUUCGGAGGAUGUGCGUGGCAAGACGGUGCUCGAUGUGGGCUGCGGCACAGGAAUUCUCUCCAUAUUUGCAUCACAGGCGGGCGCCUCUCGCAUCGUGGGCAUAGACAACUCGGAGAUUGUCUACACUGCCAUGGAUAUUGUCAGGAAAAACAAAGUGAAGAACAUUGAGCUGGUAAAGGGACGGCUGGAGGACACCGAGCUGCCCGAGGCCAAGUACGACAUCAUCAUAUCCGAAUGGAUGGGCUACUUUCUGCUGUACGAGUCCAUGCUGGACAGCAUCAUCUAUGCCCGCGAGCAUCAUCUCAAUCCCAAUGGCAUCAUUCUACCCAAUCGUUGCUCGCUUAGCCUGAUGGGCUAUGGCAAUGACAAGCUGUAUGCCGAGCAAGUGGAGUUCUGGUCCGAUGUGUAUGGCGUCAAUAUGGGCGACCUGGCCAAACGCUCCAUCGAGGAGCCGCUAAUGCAAACGGUGGAUGCUCGCUACGUGCUGACAGCGGCCGAGCAAAUAGCCAAUUUCGAUAUGAUGACCGUCGAUCUGAAUUAUUCCAACUUUACGUACGAGUUCAGCUUGAAAUGCACACAGGCGGGCAGACUGUCGGCCUUUGUGGGUUUCUUUGAUACGUUCUUUGAGCUGCCACGUGAGGUCAUGUUCAGCACAUCGCCCUACCACACAUCCACACACUGGAAACAGACGGUGUUCUUCAUCGAUCAACCACAGGAAGUGAGCUGGGGCGAUAUUAUCAAGGGGAAAAUCAUCUCUAGACGAAACACCACCGAUGUCCGGGCCUUGAAUGUAGAGAUUCAGGUGUUUGGCAAGACCUACAAGUACACUGUGGAUUAAUUUGAAUACCAGCAAUAUAUACACCCCAAUAUAUAUUGCCUUUUAUAAUUUUGCUGUUGUUUUUAGGCCGGUUUUAAUUAAAGAUUCGUACAACAUACGUUUGCUUUUUGACAG